CUUCUCUGGGGAGCCGCGCUGGCUACCGCCCAGACCGUCUACUUCAUUCGACACGGCGAGAAGCCCGCUGACGACGACGAUCCCAAUUUGAGCGCCCAGGGAGUGCAGCGCGCUCAGUGCUUGAGGAACGUUUUCGGUGCCGGCUCCCAGUAUAACAUUCAGUACAUCAUCGCCGAGAAGCCCAAGGAUGGAAAGCGGAUUCGUGCUCUCAACACCGUUACUCCUCUGGCCAAUGACCUUGGUUUGACCGUCGACACAAGCUGCGGCAAGACCAAGUCCGACUGCGUUGCGGACCUUGUCGAUGACUACAAGGGCUCUGGCAACAUUCUCAUCUGCUGGGAGCACAGCGAGCUUACUAACAUUGCCAAGUCUCUGGGCGACAAGAAGGCCCCCGAUUAUCCUGACGAUUCGUUUAACUUGAUCUGGACCGACCCUCUUCCUUAUGAUAACAUUACUAGCAUUACGUCCGAGAACUGCCCUGGCUUGGAU